GUCGGGUCGGGGGGGCAGAUGGCAGCGGCCAUGGGCUCGGGGCUGGCGGUGGCGGAGGCGGCAGGGGGCGCGCGGCUGCUGUACUGGGCGGCGGCGGCGGCGGGCGCCCUGCUCGUGGCGCUGGGGGCAGCCUCUGUCCUGCGCCCGCUGGCCGCGGCCCUGGGCAGGUGGCGGCAGCUGCGGGCGGUGCCGGGGAUCAGCCCCUGCUACCCGCUGCUGGGCAACGCGCUGCUCUUCGAGCCCAAGGGGGAAGUUUUCUUUGAAAAGAUGAUGCAAUGCUGUGAAGAAAACAGAAAUCAACCACUGUUAAAACUUUGGAUAGGACCACUGCCUUGUGUGCUCUUAUAUCAUCCUGAUACUGUGGAGGUUAUUUUGAACAGUUUGAAGAAUAUAGACAAAUCCUAUACUUACAAAUUUCUACAUCCAUGGCUUGGCACAGGACUUCUAACAAGCACCGGAGAUAAGUGGCGUUCCAGGAGAAAAAUGAUAACACCCACUUUUCACUUCACAAUCUUGGCUGAUUUUCUAGAAGUUAUGAAUGAACAAGCCAAUAUUUUAGUUCGGAAGCUUGAAAAACAUGUUGACAAAGAACCAUUUGAUUGUUUUCUAGACAUCACUCUGUGUGCCCUGGAUAUCAUUUGUGAAACUGCAAUGGGCAAGAAUAUUGGUGCACAGAAGAAUAAUGAUUCUGAAUAUGUCCAGGCUAUUUACAAAAUGAGUGAUUUGAUUCAUCAUAGACAAAAGGCUCCUUGGUUAUGGCCUGACCUUACAUACCUUCUCUUUCAAGAAGGAAGGGAACAUAAUAGAAGUCUCAAAAUCCUCCACAGUUUUACUGACAAGGUUAUUACAGAAAAAGCUAGUGAAAAAAAGAAGCAUGAUGAAAGAAAAUGUGACUUUGACAGCAACUGUGAACCAAGUGGGUCAAAAAAGAGAAGAGCUUUCCUUGACAUGCUUCUCAAUGCAAUGGAUAACGAAGGGAACAAACUGAGCUACUUGGAUAUUCGAGAGGAAGUGGACACUUUCAUGUUUGAGGGGCAUGACACAACAGCUGCUGCUAUGAACUGGGCCAUCUAUUUACUUGGUUGUCAUCCUGAGGCCCAGAAGAAAGUUCACCAAGAAUUGGAUGAAGUGUUUGGUGACUCUGACUGUCCCGUCACUGUGCAUGAUUUAAAGAAACUACGAUAUCUUGAGUGUGUUGUUAAGGAAGCCCUUCGUCUCUUCCCUUCAGUGCCAUUCUUUGCCCGGACCUUGAGUCAAGAUUGCUAUAUUAGAGGAUUUAAGGUACCAAAAGGCACAAAUGCAAUUAUUGUUUCUUAUGCGCUGCACAGAGAUCCAGGUGUUUUCCCAGACCCUGAAGAAUUCAGACCUGAGCGAUUCUUUCCUGAGAAUUCUAGUGGAAGGCAUCCAUAUGCAUAUAUACCCUUCUCUGCUGGACCCAGAAAUUGCAUUGGCCAACGCUUUGCACAGAUGGAAGAAAAAGCUGUUUUGGCUACUGUCCUGCGCCACUUUUGGGUGGAAGCAAAUCAAAACAGAGAAGAACUUGGUAUGGUGGGAGAACUGAUUCUUCGUCCAAAUAAUGGAAUCUGGAUCCAGCUGAAGAGGAGAACUGCUCACAUGUCAUGAGAAGAAAGUUUCAAGAGUUUAGAUCUUCAAGUAUACUAGCAGCACCCUUAUUUCGCUUUCUACUUUUGAUCACAUGCACAUUUACACAAAGGAUUUUAGAAAACUACAAAUACAGCAAAAUAUUUCAAAACUUCUAGAUCAGCCAUUCUCAAUCAGGGUGCCAUGGCACCCUGAAGUGCUUCAAGAUCCUUUUAAGGGUGCGAUGGGGUGCCAUGAUGUUAGCACUGUUACGUUUACCAGAUUCACUAGAUAAACCCAGAAAUUUCAAAUAGAAAUCAAGAGUUAUGAUCUUUCCAAGUUCUUUGCAUCAGAAAAACUACUUUACUAUGCAGCCAAAAAAGAGUGAAAGCUAAGAGCUGGCUUUUUCUGACAGGUGCAUUGAGUCUAUCCAGGAGUACCUCAAGUCUUUCCAGGGGUGGGUUGAGUCUAAAAAGGUUGAGAACCACCACUCUAGGUCUUCUUAAAAUAUUCAAAGCAACGCUCAUGAUAUGAUCAUAUCACCCCCAUUCAGAUGGCAAGAUUUGAAAAGUUAUAUUGACAUUUAAACAUCUUGCUUAGCACUGUCCUGGCAUCUUACAUCACCUUUUAUGAGAGUACUAUUUAUAUUGCUCUGUGGGAUAUUCAGCUGACUGACUUCUCAUGUGUUUUGUGCUCUAGUUCAGUUGUUUUUUUGUGAAGGAUACUGAGGUGGUCUUUUGAGUAGAACUGGCUGAAAGCAGAAUUUGUAUUCAGUGAAAAAUUUGGGGAUUUCAAAAUUUAGUUCUGUCCUGAAUCAAACUGCAAAUCAGAAUUUCAGAAGUUUUCAGUCUCCUAAUGACUAUAUAUCUUACAUAACCUUGACAAGCCAAAUUCAGGAGAUUUUGAGAAUUUGGAAACGCCUGAAAUGAAUGUUCUAGAUCUCAUCUCGCUAUCAGCUUAGUUCUACUGACUUCAUUAGAGCUAUAGGAGUUAAGCACGUCCCCAGUGUAUUUAGUCAUUUUUUGUCCUAUAACCCUCAUAUUUGGAUUAUUCUGUUUAAUUCACUGAGCAAUUUGUCCCAUGAGCCAUGUUCUCUCCCACAAAAGUUUAUUCCUAUUGGCUUUUAUAGAUUUAUGCCAGCUGAGAACAGAAACAAAUAUUGAUAGAGUGAAGACCCACUGAAAGUAAAUAUUAAAGUGAAGCAAACAUUGCAGGCAGUCACAUUUGACACAAUUUGAGAGGGGCUUUAUAUUGUUUAGUGCGGACUGUACCUAGGCAGAAUUAGUCGCACAAGUGUGGUUAUUGUACUUUCAGGUAAGUUUCAAUAUUUUAAUAGCUAUCAAAUCAGAGACUUUUAGUAUGCAAUGUCCAAUCUCUUUACAGACUGCAUUAUGCAGUUAAUGUAAAGAUUCUAUGGAUACUCCUAAAACUUUCAACAAAAUGUUUUUAGAAGUGACAAAUUUAAAACUUAUUUUGUAUGUGUAUUUUAUUAGUAAUGCUGGGAUUGCAUACUUUAUUAGAUAGACAAAUUUUAUAUAGGAAAUAAAUUACUAGUGGGAGACAGUGACUUUGAAAAUAUUGAAAUUUAGAAGUGAUCCAGAUUUAACUGUUAGUUUAAUGAAGCAUAAAUCGAGAAUAACUCUAGUGGAUGUUAGAGAAGAAUUUUCUUAGUAUUUGUAAAUUAAAAUCAUUUUUGCAGUCAUGAGUACAGGAUAAACCCUCUUCUGUUAAUGCAUGAUACUGUAUGUCUGGAACCUCUAGGUUUUCAACUGUUUUGUAUACCUGUACAUGUAAUUAAUGGGCUUUAUGACAGAGAAAUCAUAAGUAAAUUGCCCAGUGAUGCAUCUGUACUUUUCUUUAUGACUAAUUGUACCAAAUUUAUUAAACAUGUCCUAAAGGAAA